CGACGAGAACAGUCUGUGCUUGACCACGCGGUCGUAUGGUUAUCACUCUGCGUACGAUGGUUCGUCCGUGGAUGGUCGCGUUCUUACUUCUGCUAACGAAUCGGCGAUCGUUCACGACCAGCCAGCCGAUCGCCGCCCACGCAGAAGCCGCAUUCGAAAUCGCCGGUGAUGACAGCCACACCACCGCCAACAACACUACUACCGAAAUUGCGUCGGUUGGGUGUAAUUACAAAGGACGAAGUUACGAACCAGGAGCAUUGGUUAAUACAGAUCAGCCGUGCUUAAAAUGUACGUGUGUCACUGGAAAUUUAAUAUGCCAUUUGCAAGUUUGUCCGGAAUUACCGGAUCCACCACCUCAGGGAUGUGUAAUUGUCCAUAAGAAGAAUAAAUGUUGUGCGCACCUUCAAUGUUAUUACGAACAAUUUGAUGCCGUGCAUUCAAAUCUUUUUUCAUUACAAACUGAAUCUCGAUCUGGACCUGCAAGGAUGGAAAAUUCUGCAAUUGUGACGUUUGAUGGGUUGACUAAAGGAUGCAUGGUAAACGGUACAAUAUACGCGGAAGGUUCAGCGAUGGAUAGUUCCAGCCUAUGUGAAUAUUGUUACUGUUUCAAAGGGCAUCAACAAUGUGUACGUCCACAGUGUUCUUUAACUAUCCCAGGUUGUACCGCUGUGUACAAAAAACAUACUUGUUGUCCAAUUAGAUACAAAUGUUCAGCAUUACUUGAUACAAUUAUAAAAAAUACAACAGAUGCACCAACCACUGAAAUAUCUUCAGUAUUUGCUCGGUUUAAAGAUUGUCGUAUAAACGGUCGGUUGAUAUCGUUCGGGGAGCCCGUGAUUGGCGUGGCGCGGUCGUCGUGCGAAACUUGUUUCUGCAUCAACGGCCAGGUGCGAUGUGACAAGGUGAUAUGUCCGCCUAUCCGCGCCCAAAUAUCGCCCAAUUGUGGACCGGUCUACUCGGAAGGGCACUGCUGUCCGACGAGCUAUAACUGCAGCAGCAGCACCAGCAGCAGCAACAGCAGCAGCAGCAAUAGCACGAGCAACAACGAAUCUCACGUCGGUCCAACCGCGACUACGACGAUUAUGACGACGACGACCACGACGUCCACAAUAGCCUCUACGAUAACAUCACCAUCCACCGUGACCACCGAUGAUGUUGUCUCGCUCACCAGUUCACCCGCGCUGCCACCCACUUCGUCGUCAUCGCCAUCGUCUUCAUCUCCGAGCGUUAUGUCAACGAUGGUAGAGACCCAAAGUACACAAAGUUCUAUAACCGAAGAAUUAAGGAACACGACGGAUUCAAUAAUUGAGGAUCCUAUGGAAUCAAGACACGCCAAUCCUGUCGGUUUAAUGCACGAUGGCUUUGGUGGUUUUAAUGUUACUGAAAAAACGAAUAAUUUUGAAAUGGAUUACGAUGAACCAACAUUACCACCAUCCUUACCAAACCUAAAGAUCAUACCAUUUGUAGCAGCAGAUGCAGUUGUCAAUGAACCUGCCGCAAUUUAUGAUAAUUAUCAACCAGAAGUUGAACGUGUGUACAAUGCAUCAGAUAUUGAAAAACCGCUCUCACCUGUGAUAAAUAAUUUUUCUCCACCUAUUGAGACAGAGGGCGGAUUUCUUCCAAAGGAUUCUCCAAAUGGUGGUCAUUAUGUAACUAAAAAAUUUCAAACGACUACGGAACAUGCAGUUAUAAAGCCUAUUAUUCAUUUGGAUGAACCAGUAGUAGGACUUCCACCGAUAGGAUCUGUUUGGUGCUUGUCCAAUGAUAAGAAGUAUAAACAUGGUGAGUUGCUGACUGAUCCAAGCGCUUGCAACAUAUGUAUUUGUUUCAACGCCAAAAUUGUGUGCCAAGAAAAUUGUCCAGCCGUUAAAGUAGGCUGCCAGCGAGUUAAUGACCCGAACAAUAGCACUUGCUGUGGUCGAAUUAUUUGCAAUGAUUCUGAAAAUGAUGUUACUACGGAAAAUUUGAAAUUGACUGAAGUGACAACUGAAACAACAACAACAACAACAACAACUUCAAAAAUCAAAGAUGCAGUUAUUGAGCACAUUAUUUACUCUGCACCAUCUACAACUAAUAAACCAAUAAUAACAACACCAUCGACAACUGUAAAAAUGUCAACGUCUUCUGAGCAAACAUCUUUAAUACCAAUUACAACCACUUUAAAAUUAAUUCCAGCUUCAGCUACCACCACUGAAAAGUUGAUAUAUUCUUUUACGUCUGGUUCUAUUAAUCGUGUAGAAAUUACUACUCCGAUACCUAAACCACUUGAAGAUGAAGAUUAUAGUUUUGAAAGUAUGUUUUCGUUUUUGUUUAACGGUGACACACCAGAACAACCAUCGACCCCUUCUUCCUCAAAACUUUUCGAUGACCAUAUGGAGGUAGAGACUCGUAUAGAACACAGAACGGAUGACGAAAUAGACGAAAAAAUUCAUUUAAUUGGCGCAAAACCACAAACCGAAUCCGCGACACUCUCUCAACAAAUGUUUAAAACUAAUUCUAAUUCGAACGUUGAACAGGAUACAAAUCCAAAAGACCAACCAACUAUUAAGCCAUUAUCCGAUAUAAAACAAAAUUCAGAAAGCAAACAUGACAAAAUUGAAGCACAUGAUUUUAACAAAACUGUAGAAGUCAAACCUAAUGCUGGAAUUAAGGAACAUGUUGACGUAAAACCACAUCUAGAAAUUAAAUCACACAUUGAAGCUAGUCCACAUGCCAAUAAACAACAAGUAGAAGUCAACUCACAUUAUGGCGUAAAUGAAAAUACUCAAGGUACAUUACAGUUAAAUUUUAAGCAUCAAGAUGAUUUAAAAUCAAACCAGGACUUGGGCAAUAAACACCAAACUGAAGUAAAAUCACAUUUCGAUGUCAAAGAUCAAUCUGAAAUAAAGACACAGUUGGAUACAAAACUUCAAUCUAAGGUCAAAAACUACACAGAUUUUAACUAUCAGACCCAAAUGAAAACACACUUUGAUGUCAAUAAUAAACAAGUCGGAGCGAAACCCAUGAAACCAUAUCUUGAUUUUAAACUUCCGACUGAAGUUAAACCCCAUUUCGAUUUCAAACAAAACAUUGAUAUCAGUUUUCGUCCUGAAAUUAAACAGCAUACAGAAGUUAAAUCAAAUAUUGGUUUAAAACCAUUGAAGACUAAGUUUGAUGCUGAUUUCAAUUCAGGACCUUCUAUGUUAAAAAUAUCGGGUUGUAAUAUUUAUGGACGUAUGUACAGAGUGGGAAAAAUUAUUGCUGAAUUAUCUAAUCCUUGUUUAGAGUGUAUGUGUACGGAAAUCGGAGUUCAUUGCAACCAAUUGAAAUGUUGAUAAGCUGUGCAUUUCCAAUCUAACCGUCAACUUGAAAAAUUUUUUAGACAUAAAUCACAUGGUAUUCAUGGUUGAUAAUACACCCUGUACAAUUUUCGUCAUUUAUAUCAGCCAGUUUCACCAAUAAAAAUUUAAAAAUAUUGGUUCCCUUAUAAAAUUGGCAAUGAUAACCUUAAUAUGCAUAAUCAAUUGUGAAUUUUCGUUUUUGAUACUAAGUAAAAUAAGUUAAUUUAUUCGUAUAAGUUAACGGUUUCGGUAUAAUGAAAUAGAUCGAUAGCCUGUAAACAUUAUGAUCUCUUGACAAUUAAUCAAAUUUAUUUAAAUAGAGACAUUUAAGUGCUAUAUAUUAAGUAUUAUUUAUAAGUAACAUAUUGAGCAUUAUCAUGCUUUUUGUAUGUUUUUUAUAUUUAUGUUUUAUU